AUGCCAGGCAAAAGGCCGGAGGCUGGGCAUGAGGAGGCGGAGGCUGGGGAGGACGGCGCUGAGGAGGGCCUGGGAGGCCUCACCCUGGAGGAGCUGCAGCAGGGCCAGGAGGCCGCCCUGGCGCUGGAGGACAUGAUGGCCCUGAGCGCACAGACCUUGGUCCACUCGGAGGUGGACCAGCUCUACCAGGAAGUGCGCCCCCUGGGCCAGGGCCGCUUCGGCCGCGUCCUGCUGGUCACACACCGGCAGAAAGGCACAGCCCUGGCACUGAAGCGGCUCCCAAAGAUGUCCACGUCGCUCCGCGGCUUCCUGUAUGAGUUCUGCGUGGGCCUCUCGCUGGGCACACAUCCUGCUAUCGUAACCGCCUAUGGCAUUGGCAUUGAGUCGGCUGACUCCUACAGCUUCUUGACAGAGCCCGUCCUGCAUGGGGACCUCAUCUCCUUCAUCCAGCCAAAGGUGGGCCUCCUGCAGCCGGCCUCGGCUCAAUGCUGCGCCGUCCAGCUGGCCUCUGCCUUGGAGCACAUCCAUGGCCAAGGCCUGGUGUACCGUGACCUCAAGCCCGAGAACGUGCUGGUGUGCGAUGCCGCCUGCCGCCGCGUCAAACUCGCUGACUUCGGCCACACUCGGCCCCGGGGGACGCUGCUGCGCCUCACGGGGGCCCCCAUCCCCUACACGGCCCCUGAGCUCUGUGCCCCCACCCCGCUCCCUGAGGGGCUGCCCAUCCAGCCCUCCCUGGAUGCCUGGGCGCUGGGCGUCCUGGUCUUCUGCCUCCUCACUGGCUACUUCCCCUGGGACCAGCCCCUGGCUGAGGCCGACCCCUUCUAUGAGGACUUCCUGGCGUGGCGGGCCUCAGGCCAGCCCCAAGACCGGCCGCAACCGUGGUUUGGCCUGGCGCCCGCUGCAGAUGCUCUCCUGUGGGGGCUGUUGGACCCCCACCCCCGGAAGAGGAGCCCGGUGGGAUCUGUGGAGGCCUACCUGGGGCAGCCCUGGCGGUGGCCAGAGGGAAAGACUGAGGGGCUGGAGGAGGCCGGGAACUGA